UGAAGUGAAAUAGGAAAUCAAAGGCGCCUUUGUGACAUGGCCACCAUCAUCCACUCUACUUCGCUCCCCUCCCAAGCCCUUCCAUCAAUCUCUUGCUUGCCCCUCACUAAGCCUAAACCAAUUGGAAUUCCCUUCUCAACAACCUCUUCUUUUAAAUUUCUCUUAAAAUCACAUACCACUCUUCCAAAACCGCAGCAGCAACAACAACAACAGCUACAACUUGAUUACUCAUCUUCCGAGGUUCUUGGCAGUUCUCUGUUAUCUAAUGACACUUUUUCCUUGUCCAAUAGUUGGCACCAUCUUCUCCGCUUCUCAAUUGAUAAUAGUGACUUUGACCUUGCAAGGGCUAUCCAUGCUUCAAUUGCCAAGGUUGAAGGAGAUACAUAUCUUGCCAAUAGUCUCAUUGUAGCUUACCUCAGGCUUGGCUGUUUAGAUGAUGCUCACAAGAUCUUUGCCUGCUUAUCAUCGCCUGAUGUGGUCUCUUAUACAGCCCUUAUCUCUGCUUAUGCGAAAUCGAAUCGAGAAGGUAAAGCCACAGAGUUGUUCUUUAAGAUGAGGGAUUCAGGAAUUGAACCCAAUGAAUAUAGCUUUGUUGCAAUCUUAACUGCAUGCAUUCGUCUUUCUGAUUUACAAUUGGGUUCUCAAAUCCACUCUUUAGCAAUCAAAACUGCUUACUAUUUUUGCAUCUAUGUUUCCAAUGCACUAAUGGAGAUGUAUCUGGAAUCUGACUCCAGUGACCAUGCCAUUCAAUUGUUUGGUGAAAUGACUCAACGGGAUGUGGCAUCAUGGAAUACUGUAAUGUCAGGUGCAAUGAAGAAGUUGCAAUACGAAAGAGCUUUCGAGCUCUUUCAGAACAUGCAACGAAUUGAUGGAUUUAGAGCUGAUAAGUUCACACUUUCGAUUCUCCUGGAUGCCUCUAGAGGGAGCUUUGCUUGGAUGAAAGGUCGUGAGAUUCAUGCAUAUGCUCUUAAGUGUGGGUUUGAAUCUAAUGUGAGUGUGAACAAUGCACUGAUUGGGUUCUAUUCUAAAUGUGGGAGCAUCAAAGAUGUGGUGGCUAUAUUUGAGAAAAUGUCAAUUAAGGAUGCUAUAAGUUGGACGGGAAUGCUUAAUGCAUAUAUGGAGUUUGGAUUGGUGGAAACUGCUGUUCAGAUCUUUGAUCAGAUAUGGGAUCCAAAUUCUAUUUCAUAUAAUGCUCUCUUGGCAGGGUAUUGUCUGAAUAGUGAAGGUUCACGUGCAUUGGAGUUGUUUCAAGAAAUGUUGGAGAAAGGCGUGGAAAUAUCAGAUUUCACUUUGACCAGUGUUGUUAAUGCUUGUGCAAUACUCUCAGAAGUAGCAGCUAGCAAGCAGAUACAUGGGUUCAUGUUGAAGGCCGGUUUUGGGUCGAAUCAUUGGAUCAAAGCAGCAUUGCUGGAUAUGUGCACGAAAUGUGGAAGAAUGGAUGAUGCACAGAAGAUGUUUAGUCAGUGGUCAAAUCGCCAGUAUUAUUCAAUUGUAUGGACAUCGAUGAUUUGUGGAUAUGCCCGCAACGGGAAGCUCGAUGAGACUUUAUCUCUCUUCUCUAUGAUGCAAGUAGAAGGUGACAUUCUAGUGGAUGAAGUUGCAUCAACCGCAGUACUUGCUGUUUGUGGUAUGUUAGGAUUUCAUGAGAUGGGAAAGCAACUUCACUCAUAUGUUCUAAAAUCGGGUUUUCUUUCUGAUUUAGGGGUGAGCAAUGCUAUUAUUAGCAUGUAUGCAAAGUGUGCAAAUAUGGAGGAUGCAAGUAAGUCUUUCUAUCUCAUGCCCAAACAUGAUACUAUUUCAUGGAACUGUUUGAUUGGUGGUCAUCUUCUUCAUAGACAAGGCAAUGAAGCAUUGGCUGUCUGGUCAAAGAUGGAGGAGAUGGGUAUAAAGCCAGACUCCAUCACCUUAGUUUCGAUUAUUUCAGCGUACAGACAUACCAGCUCCAACUUGGUUGAUGCUUGUCAUAGUUUGCUGUUCUCCAUGAGAAGUAUUUAUGGCAUUGAGCCUACUUCAGCACAUUAUGCUUCUAUGGUUAGUGUUUUUGGUUAUUGGCAUUACUUCAACGAAGCAGAAGAAUUAAUCAGUAAUAUGCCUUUUGAGCCUGAUAGUACUGUAUGGAGAGCCUUACUUGACAGUUGUAGGUUGAGGUCAAAUACAACUCUAGGAAAGUGGGCUGCAAAGCAUCUUCUUGCCAUGGAUCUUCAAGAUCCAUCAGUGGGUAUACUGGUCGCAAAUCUGUAUUCUGCAUCAGGAAGAUGGCAUUGUUCUGAAAGGAUAAGGAAGGAGAUGAGAGAGAAGGGGUUGCGGAAGCUCCCUGGUCAAAGCUGGAUCAUUUAUCAAAACAGGGUCCAUUCAUUCUUUAUGAGAGACAAAUCUCACUUCCACACCAAAGAUAUCUACAGUGGAUUGGACAUACUGAUCUUGGAAUGCAUGAAGGCUGGGUAUGUGCCUGAUACUAGCUUUGUUCUUCAUGAAGUGGAAGAGAAUCAAAAGAAGGAUUUCCUUUUCUAUCACAGUGCCAAGUUGGCUGUGACGUAUGGGCUUCUAAUGACUGGGCAUGGAAAACCAAUACGUGUUAUGAAGAAUAUCCAUCUCUGUGGGGACUGCCAUACAUUUUUGAAGUAUGUUUCAAUUGUUACAAAGAGAGAGGUAUCACUUAGGGAUGCUUCAGGUUUUCACAAUUUUAGGGACGGUGAAUGCUCAUGCAGAGAUUAUUGGUAAAUUAUUAAUUGGUGAGCAUGGUGGAACCAAUUGCCUAGAUUGUGCAAAACA